UUUACUGGGUUCCUUAGUAAAGAUGCGUCCAGUGAAAACAGAAAUUGCUAGCAGCACCGAGCGUUUGCUUGCUUGCCGGAUUUGUUUAGCUACUGAAGCUAAGUUGUACGGUAUUCAUGAAAAUGGAUUAAAAAAAGAAAUUCUAGAGCUUUUAGGCAUCAAGGUGUCAGCAUUAGAUGGGUAUCCACAGCACAUGUGUGUAUUCUGUCGUACACUUCUAUCCAAGUAUAAGCAGUUACGAGUGCGAAGCCAGCGGGCUCAAGAGCUCCUGUGGACCCUUAAGAAACAGCAUGGGAUUACAACAAGCACCAUCGCCACCAUCAACCCUCAGUUCGCCAUCCUCACCAGCCACACCAACACGCUUAUCGAAUACCAAUACCAAGACCCAGAACUACCCAUUAUAGUCAAAGAGGAAGAACCCAAAAAUGAAGAUAUUGUGAAAUACGAAGAUUCAGAUAAUAUAGACUAUGAAGAUGAGGAUUAUAAAGACGAAGUGGACAAGAAAAGAAAGAGGAAGAGGAAGGUUGAGAAAGAAGGUCCUAGGGAGAAAAAGAAGAUACCUAAAGAAAAGAAGAUAAAGAAAAUGUUUGAUUGCGAAGCGGAUUUCCCCGCAUUCGAGGCCAAGUACAACAUGGAGAUAGUCGUGUUAACGAUGGAACAGCAGCUGGAAAACAUGGCGGCCAGGAAGAACUCCUCCAAUUAUGUCAACUCUCCGUUCAAGUGUCAGCUGUGCUUUAAAGGGUUUUCGUCGGAAGCCACGUUUAAGAAUCAUACUUUGAAACAUCAUGAUCCGAGUGUCGGAGCGCAGCAGUGCGAGUUGUGUUUCUCUCGAUUCCGCAUCCCCGCCUUCCUGCGCACGCACGCCGAGACGCACCGCCUCAAGUUCGUCUGCAAGGACUGCCGCUUCGUCGCCAGCAACAGGUACCACGCCAUAACGCAUUUCCGCGAGCACAGCGGGUUCAAGUACGUCUGCAAGUAUUGUGGAGCUACUUUCAAGAAACCCUCGACACACGGCACGCACGUGCGCAUUCAGCACCCGCAGGAGAAUACAUCGUGCGACGUGUGUGGAGAGACCUUUCAGGGGGACUUCGGGUUGAGAAUGCACAAGACACGAGCACACAAACAGAAUUUGGAGAACGAAUCGGAGUCCCUUAAUUGUAGCACGUGCGGCGUGCAGUUCGCGAGCUCGUACGCCAUGGCGCGACACACGUUCACGGCGCCGGACAACCUCUGCAACCCUAGCGCCAGAGCAUGUACUCUGUGCGGAGAGAACCUGGCGACUGAUGAGCUGCUGAGGAGCCAUACUGAGGAGCGGCAUAGCAAACCGGAGACCAAGUGCGAUGAGUGUAACAAAACGUUUCUCACCGAGGCGUCUCUCAGCGUGCAUUACGAGCGCGUGCACCUGCAAGUGAAGGGUGUGAGAAGGAAAGCCUCGCACCAUGCGAGAAAGCAGUACGGGGGGGUGGUCAUGUGCGAGCUCUGCGGGAAGAGGUGUAAGAACAGCACCAUCCUGAAGUAUCACCAGCGCACUCACACAGGGGAGAAACCGCACAGCUGCCCGCGCUGCCCCAAACGAUUCGUCUCCCCCAUGUUGCUACAAUGCCACCUGCGGUCCCACACGGGGGAGAGACCGUACAAGUGUGGACAGUGUCACAAGUCCUUCACGCAAAAGUCUGCGCUCACCGUACACAGCACGGUUCACACAGGUGAGAAACCGUUUGUCUGCAGCAUCUGCGGCAAGUCGUUCACACAAGCGGCCUCCGUGCACACGCACGUUAAAUACGUGCACAUGAAGAUGCCCGCGCCACCGCGGCGCCGGAACCUCAAGCGGGAAUAGACUGUCACACUAGGGACAAACCUUUCAUCUGCAAUAUAUGUCUAGAUUGUGAUUGAAACCUUUAGCGCGUGAAAAAUUUUAACUCCUUUUUUCAGUAGCCAAAGAUAAAUGUAAUAUACGAGUUUCUAUGUUUAAAAUAUACACAGUGUACCUGAGGUACUGGGCAUACUUUAGUAGCGUGUUUUAUAAAUUAAAUUAGCUUCAGAUACAAAACCUAGGAUCGUAUUCGGUUACUGUAGUUAUAAUCUUAAUUUUCAACUUGAUCCGCAUUUUCUUGGAUACACCUUACUUGACAAGACAGUGGUCUUGAAAAACAUCAGAUAUUUGAAUUUUUAACCCCCGACGCAAAAACGACGGGGUGUUAUAAGUUUGACGUGUCUGUCUGUCUGUCUGUGUGUGUGUCUGUCUGUGGCAUCGUAGCUCCCGAACGGAUGAACCGAUUUAGAUUUAGUUUUUUUUGUCUGAAAGCUGAGUUAGUCGGGAGUGUUCUUAGCCAUGUUUCAUGAAAAUCGGUCUACUAUGUCGCAGUCGGGGGUUUUUUCAAAUUUUUAAUUUUGUGGGGUUAAAACUAACACUUUAAAUUUGUUGGUAACUUCGGUCACACGGUGUAUACUUGUAUACAUACUAGUAUAUAUGACACAGUUUCGUUUUCUUUCAACACCUUAUUUGCCAAGAGUGGCACUGUAACUUUAGCAGUUUCAUGUGCUCUGCCUACCCCUAUAUGGGAAACAGGCGUGAUUGUAUGUAUGUAUGUAUGUAUGUAUGUAUAUAUAAGAAUCUCAAUCAAUAGUAUUAUUAGUGCUUAGGAAUUGUGCAAUAUUUUUAA